ACAAUGUGGUGGACUUUAAUCUUCCUCUCCUACCUGUUCCUGCUGGUUUGAAUUCAAUCAAAUUUGAAUGUUGGCAAUAAUCUUGACAUUGUGAAAGCAAGCUUCCAGUUCACAAGCAAUCAGAACGUGGAAUUUGACAGAGGCUUUCGCCAUAUCCUUCUCUACUGCUUACUGGAGCCACUGAAAUUGAUUCAGCAAAGAGAAUCAACAUCUGCGAUUCAUGUAUUACAGAAAGCAUCAUGCCACAGGUGCAGAGAAAAUCAACAACAGUGUCACUAACUUUAGCCCCUUCUUCUGGAAGUGAAGGUUCCGCAAGCCAGAUGUACUCCAAACCUGUUCAGACUUUAUCUGUCAACACCCAGCAGAGUGAAGAGGCCCCGUUUUCUACCCAUGCAGGAGUUUCAACAGAACUUGCCCCAGUGUUUACAAAGUAUUUGCAGGAUGUUACAUCGCCAAAGAGUCAGUUAGUUGUACUGGAGUGCAGAGUCCAGGGUUCCACCCCUUUAAAUAUCCAAUGGUACAAGGAGGAAAAGUUUAUCAAGGACUCUGCAGAUUUUCGAAUUUUAAGAAAAAAGGCCUGUUUAACAGCAGUACCCGAAGAGGUUUGCACACUGGUAAUUACAGAAGCUUUUCCAGAAGAUUCGGGAUUGUAUAAUUGUGUUGCAACUAACCGGUUUGGUGCGACAUCAUGCUGUGCCCAGCUCAUGGUCUAUUCAGAAAAUCAGAAGACUCGAGAAGCUCAAGGCUUUCAGUCUUACACAGAAACACAUCCAGAUAACUCCCUGAGGCAUCUGACUGUUGUGAAUGACAAUGGAAUACAAACUACAGUAAACCGCAGAAAUCCAUGUGUACUGGAAAACACGAGGCAAAAAGCUUGUAAACAUCUCACACUUGGUUCAGAUGCUCAGAUCCUUGAAGUUCGCCCUGAUGUAGACACCUCUCCAACAAAGAAGUCACAAGCACAAAAUCACCAUCCUGAACUCUAUAGAUAUCCCAGCAACUCUGGAAAGAAAGUUAUCAAGUCACCAAAACCAACUAGUGAUGAACAAAUACAAGGCUCCAAAAAUGCUGUCAUUCAAGACUUGGAGAGAAAACUACGCUCUAAAAGUGAGCUUCUACAUGAUGGGCAGCAGCGAUUAACAUAUGAGCAAAAGAUGGCGCGUAGAUUACUGGGAGUGGAGAACGCUGCUUCUGUGCUUGAACUUCAAAAGAUGGAAAAUGAGCAGACUAACCAGCAACAGAACACUCCAGACAGUCAAAGAUGGCAGGCAUAUCAAUCACCAGCAGAAAGACAGAGGCUCAGUUCGAGAGAGGUUGAAAAUGAGAAUGCAUCGAUUCAAGAGAAGCACUACCCUCCUCGUGUCUUACAGAAACCAGAUGAGAAUAUGGUAAUUCAGCAGUAUGGGCUCUGCAGAAUAGAUUGCAAGGUCAGCGGUCUGCCACCUCCAGAACUUAUGUGGUAUUUAAACGGUCGACCUGUUCAACAGGAUCUUGGGCAUAAGAUGCUUGUAUCAGGAAAAGGUGUUCACUCACUCAUCAUUGAUGCAGUGACAGAAAGUGAUGCUGGGCAGUAUGAAUGUGUAGCCAUCAAUCGUGCUGGCCAGUGCAGAUUCACAAUAAACCUUGAAGUUGAAGUACGUGGAGCAAUUCAGGCACCAGAAUUUAUUUACAAGCUCCAAAAUUCAAGAGCUGUUGAAGGGGGAAAAGUGAGGUUGGAAUGCCUGGUGACUGGACAGCCACAACCGAUAAUCUUCUGGAGAAAGGAUCACGAAAUGAUCAAGCAUGACACCGACAGAAUCAGCCUAUAUCAUAGUAAUGAUGGUAAAGUUGGCCUUGAAAUUUUCCCAGUCGAUAAACGUGAUGCUGGCUGGUAUACUGUAUCUGCCCAAAAUGAAGCUGGAUCAACAAUCUGCACAGCAAGACUAGAUAUUGCUGCAUGGCCAGUAAAACAAGCUCCAAACACCAAGCCGCUGAAGGUGCGGCCAACAUUUACCCGAUAUUCAGUGCUGAAUGGUCAAGGAUUCCUGCCAGACCCAGGGUCCCAAUAUGCAGCAACGUCACACCCUGGUUUAGUAGAGAGUGAUGAAUUGUGAUCUCAUUGUAUUUCAACUCAGCAGACAAUGUUAACUUUUCAGCAAAUGGAAUGUAGUAUGUUUUAUUGCACCUUAUUAUACACAAAACAAUUAGUUUUGAGUAUACAUUUACAUUUAGUUGUAAAAAUGCAAAAUACUACAAUAUAUAAGUAUUGCACGCUAAGGUUUCGUAGUACAUGUACAUACACUUAAGAUAUGCAUCUUAGCAGAAAAACAUUUACUACACGGUAGAUAAUCAGUUGAGAUGGAUGAGAAAAUAAUUAUAUGAAAGUAAACAAGUAGAAUAAUACAUGCUAAACUGAUUUCAUGGUAUUCUGCGUUGUAAUGUGGCUGUGGUAAUGGAUUUGAGUAAAAAGUAAAACACUUUAUUGUUUGUAAGUUCUUUUAACUAGCAGCAUGCACAUGAAGCUCUAAGACCAAAACACGUUGCAUGUAAACCAUAUAGCAGACUAGGCUUGUACAUAUUAGUUUGAAGCAAAUGUAGUUUGUAGAUUGAGUGGGUGUUAACUUUGUGAAAUACUGUAACCUGAAAAUGGGGAGCAGUAAACUGACACUAAUGGAUGAAGCAACAUUGUUAGAAUAUUACCAAGUAUGCCCAUAUAAAAAGCUAGUCUUAAGUACAAUGACAUUUCUUUACAAUCUUUGACAUCUAUGACUAGCAUAAGAGCUCCACUUACCUGGAUAAAAGCAAUUUUCUGCCAAUUCAGGCACUCAGACCUGGAAAGGGGUGGACAUAAAUUCUCACUGCAGCCUGACAUUUGCGGAAAAUUGUCUUUCUGCAAAAAUUAUUCUGUACGUGUUAUUAAAGAGAUACAGCAACGUGGAAAUACAUUUGUACAAGAAUACCAUGUUAUACAUUAAUUUGCUUGCCAGAGUAUAGAAGUUGUGUAUACACACACACACGUUAAAUUUGUUGAUGAGCAUUAUAUCUGCCCUAGAAACUAAUAUUUCUUUCAGCUGUGAAGAGGCAAAUGAUCCAUUCAACAGCAUUACCCUUCGAUAAUGUAUAACUACAAUUAGUGAAAUGAUUGCUGCUAAUAAAUAGAAACGAUUUAAAAUUAACUGGCGAAAAUACAAAAUCCUACAUGGACAUAGUCCAAGCCAAUUUUAUGAUGCUUUUCUUGAAGAAGUUAAAACCAUCCCCAGUCUAUAACAAUAACAACAAUGAUUUUGAACUCAUUUACCACUCUCAUUCCAGGCUUUCCACGUUGUAUGAAAGCAUCAUAAAUCACAGCUUUCCAG